AUGUCCCGUUCCUCAGGCAGGGAGGAGGAGCAGUACAACAAUGUUGCUGUAAUAGCGUUUUACAACAUUUAUAAUUUUUUCCCCCCAAAGAUCUUCAGUCUUGACCUUGGAGGUAUCUCUGCUAUUGUACUCAAUGGCUAUGAUGCAGUAAAAGAAUGCCUAGUUCACCAGAGCGAAAUUUUUGCAGAUAGACCAUCUCUUCCUUUGUUUAAGAAGCUGACAAACAUGGGAGGCUUACUGAACAGUAAAUAUGGCAGAGGAUGGACAGAGCACCGCAAAUUAGCUGUAAAUACCUUUCGAACUUUUGGAUAUGGUCAAAAGUCCUUUGAACACAAAAUUUCAGAAGAAUCUAUGUUUUUUCUUGAUGCCAUUGAUACAUACAAAGGCAGACCCUUUGAUCUUAAGCAUUUGAUAACAAAUGCUGUUUCAAACAUUACUAAUUUGAUUAUUUUUGGAGAACGUUUUACAUACGAAGAUACUGAAUUUCAGCACAUGAUUGAGAUUUUUAGUGAAAAUAUUGAACUAGCUGCUAGUGCUUCUGUAUUUUUAUAUAAUGCUUUUCCUUGGAUUGGUAUCUUGCCAUUUGGGAAACACCAGCAGCUGUUUAAAAAUGCAGCUGAAGUCUAUGACUUUCUUCAUGAGCUUAUUGAACGUGUCUCUGAAAACAGGAAGCCUCAGUCACCUCGGCAUUUUGUAGAUGCAUAUUUAGAUGAGAUGGAUUGCAAUGAAAACGAUCCAGAAGCUACAUAUUCAAAAGAAAAUUUAAUUUUCUCUGUUGGAGAACUCAUCAUAGCUGGGACAGAAACCACAACAAAUGUUUUAAGAUGGGCGGUGUUAUUUAUGGCUCUUUAUCCAAACAUUCAAGGGCAAGUUCAAAAAGAAAUUGAUUUAGUCAUCGGCCCCAACAAAAUGCCUUCCCUGGAGGAGAAGAGCGAGAUGCCGUACACGGAGGCUGUGCUGCACGAGGUUCUGAGGUUCUGUAACAUAGUUCCACUGGGGAUUUUCCAUGCGACUUCCAAAGACACUGUUGUGCGUGGGUACUCUAUUCCCGAGGGCACCACAGUCAUUACAAACCUCUACUCGGUUCAUUUUGAUGAAAAAUACUGGAGCAACCCAGAAGUGUUUUCUCCCGAGAGAUUUUUGGACAGCAGCGGGCAGUUUGUCAAGAAGGAUGCAUUUAUUCCUUUUUCAGUAGGAAGAAGACAUUGUCUUGGAGAGCAGCUGGCUCGAAUGGAGAUGUUUUUGUUUUUCACUUCACUGCUACAACGAUUUCACCUCUGUUUUCCUCCUGGGGUGAUCCCGGACCUGAAGCCAAGGUUAGGGAUGACUUUACAGCCACAGCCAUACCUCAUCUGUGCAGAGAGACGGUGA